AUGUUUCUUCGCUCCAUCGCUCGCGCUGCUCCUCGCAGCCCGGCCGCCAUCCGUGCCGGCCCAUUGGCCUCACUGAACGCCCUCCAGGCCCGUGCUGCCUCUGCUCACGCUAUCGCGAACCCUACCCUCGCCGGCAUCGAGAAGCGCUGGGAGGGUAUGCCCCCUCAGGAGCAGGCCGAGCUGUGGAUGUCGCUCCGUGAUCGCAUGAAGGUCGACUGGCACCAGAUGACCCUCCAGGAGAAGAAGGCCGCCUACUGGAUUGCCUUCGGUCCUCACGGCCCCCGUGCUGAGACCCCCAAGGGCGAGGGCUGGAAGAUCUUCUUCAAGGUCACCCAGCUCACCCUCGCCUCCGUCCUCGUCUUCUACGCUAUCCACUACUUCGCCAAGCCCCAGCCCAAGACCAUGUCCAAGGAGUGGCAGGAGGCCUCCAACGAAUACGCUCUGUCCGAGAAGAUGAACCCCAUCCACGGCAUCAGCAAGGAAGGCUACGAAGGCAAGGGCUUCGUUCAGAGCCCCCCGCUGAGAAGCAAUAAGUGGGCAAGUUGCCCGAUCCAGGAUAAACAGGGUGCAGAUAUCGGCGUCGGUAGGGGGUGGGAAUCUGUUUCGCACGCUCAUCUGGACCCGGGGGGUUUGGCCCUGGGCCAUGGUUUCCAUGCUGCUGGCCAUGUGGUCGACUCGACUGCGGAUGGGCCCCCGACCGCCGCUGGUCUGAACUCCAUAGAGAAAUAUGUUGGACUGUUUCGUUGUUCUAUGAAACUACACGUUUGCCCUGUAUUAUUCACUGGAGAUGAUCCGUGUGUCGUCGUGCAUGGAGUGGUGCGUCUUUUCCCGGAGGGAUUCGGAACCUACAGAGCUGGUGCGGAGAACCCCCUGUCCAAGCGCCCCGAGGGCGACACCGGGGCCAUUGCGAAGUACAAUGUGGCCAUGUGGGGAGAUAGGAAUUACCAGAACCCAUGUAUAAUGAUUUGGGAUAUUUUCUACAAUUUUUCAACAGCCACUAUAGAGCUUGUGGUUGGAUGGUGGGGGAGCUUCCAAGAUUCUCAUACCACAGCUCGGAUGGGUGGUUGA